GAGUCCUGUGUGACUUAUCUAUCCUACACUCACUGCUGCUGCUUCUGCGCACACCUACACGCACUCCUCGUACAAGUCACGCACACACACUCAGCAGGACUGACGCACUGUGGGGAAGAGAGAAAGAAGGGAAGGUAGGGAGGGAGGAGAGAGAGCGCGAGAAAGAGAGAGAAAGGCGACAGGAGUCAGACGGGCUCCGGCAGAGGGAUGUAACGGACUCUGCCGCGGUAACAGGACCGAACAGCACAGGACUGGACCGGGAGCCCGCUUUAAUAAGUGAGGAGUCACCUGGCUGCGGAAAGAGGAGGAACGGGGCUGGAGGGACUAAAGGAGGAGGAGGAGGAGAAGGAGGAGGUGUGUCCGCCGGUCGGCGCUCUGCUUCGGGGGGCGACGGCACCAGGUUGCGCGCAACAGAGAGUCCCCGCAAAGUUUCCUCGAUGGCGCUGGUGAUGGAGCCGGUGAGCAAAUGGAGUACGAGCCAGGUGGUGGAGUGGAUGAAAGGCCUGGACGACUGUUUGCAGCAGUACGUGAGUGUGUUUGAGCGGGCAGGAGUGUCCGGGGAGCGUCUCCUCAGGAUCAGCCAUGCCGAACUGGAGGAGCUCGGAGUGUCGCGCAUCGGACACCAGGAGCUCAUCCUGGAGGCCGUCGACCUGCUCUGCGCGCUGAACUCGGGUCUGGAGACCGAGAGCGUCAGGACUCUGGCUCAUAAGCUCGGUGCCUCGGCCAAGAACCUACAGAACUUCAUCUCCAGCCGCCGGCGGAGCAGCCAGCUGGAAAGCAGGAGCUCACGGCGGCUCCCCAAUGACCUGCUGACCUCCGUGGUUGACCUCAUCACCGCUGCCAAGAGCCUGCUGGCGUGGCUGGACAGGUCUCCCUUUGCUGCUGUGGCAGACUACUCCGUUACCCGAAAUAAUGUCAUUCAGCUCUGCCUGGAGCUCACCACCAUUGUACAGCAGGACUGUACGGUGUUUGAGACGGAGAACAAAAUCCUUCAUGUGUGUAAGACUCUGUCUGAAGUGUGCGAGCACAUCGUAUGCGUGUCGUCGGACCCUCUGGUUUCCCAGUCUGCCCACCUUGAGCUGGUUCACCUCACAAACACCAAACCCUCUGAAGGCCUGGGGAUGUACAUCAAGUCCACGUACGACGGCCUUCAUGUGAUCACAGGAACCACUGAAGGGUCUCCGGCUGACCGCUGCAAGAAGAUCCACGCGGGAGAUGAAGUCAUCCAAGUUAACCACCAGACUGUGGUGGGCUGGCAGUUGCGCAACCUGGUGGGGUCGCUGAGGGCCGAUAAAGGCGCCGUGUCCCUGACCCUGAAGAAGCGUCCGCAGAGCACGCUCAGCUCGGCCCCUGCGCUGCUGAAGAACAUGCGCUGGAAACCCCUGGCUCUGCAGCCUACCAGAAGCCCAGGCAGUGGCUCGGCCACACCCUCAGGCACACCCACCAAGAGCUCCGCCCUCCAGGACCUGUACAUCCCACCUCCCCCUGCGGAGCCCUACACUCCCAGAGAUGAGUCAGGAGCCUUGUCUGGAGACGAAGCGUCUCGCAACCACGGCGUCGUCAGUGCUGCCAAGCGCUCUGAAUCACCAAACUCCUUCCUGGAUCAAGAGUCUCGCCGGCGAGAAGAGGAGGAGCCAGUGUACUGCACCACGCCCACAUAUGGCAGGCUGAGGCCCAUCUCCAUGCCUGUGGAGUGCAACUGGGUGGGCAACUACGAAGACCCGGCCAAGCUGAACAGAGAGACCCGCAGAGACGCCUCGUUGUUGCGUUACGUGGGAUUGUCCACUGCGGACGAGCAGACCAUCUCUGAGGAAUACUCCUCCCACACGGCUCGUCCAAAUAAGCGAUCCAAUGACACGGCCAAGCGUGUUAAGAGGCGGAGCCACCACAGCCAAAGCCCCUCCCACUACCUUCUUCAGACAAAUCAGAGGGAAUCGCCUCCCAGAGACCAAACCUCCAUGUAUCAUACAUACCAGCAGUCGUCCUCUUUGCAGUCGAAGACGAGGAAGAAGAACAAAGGACGAGGUCUGGCCUCGCUGAGUCGAAGGCGUGUUUCCUGCAAGGCCCUAGGCAGAGGAGACUGCGAAGGCUGGCUGUGGAGAAAGAGGGACGCCAAGGGUUACUUCUCCCAGAAAUGGAAGAAGUACUGGUUUGUGCUGAAAGACAACUGCUUGUACUGGUACAUCAAUGAGGAGGACGAGAAGGCAGAGGGCUUUGUCAGUCUUCCAGAGUUUAAGAUUGACCGCGCAAGUGAAUGUCGAAAGAAGUAUGCUUUCAAAGCGUGCCACCCCAAGGUCAAGAGUUUCUACUUUGCAGCAGAUGGAGUGGAUGACAUGAACAGAUGGCUGAGUCGCCUCAACAUGGCAGCUGUGGGCUAUGCAGAGCGAGAGCGAAUGCGCCAGGAGCAAGAUUACUGGAGUGAAAGUGACCAUGAGGAGGACACCACUUCCAGCCCGAAACAGGACAGCCCCCCACCUCCAUAUGAUACCUAUCCACGGCCUCCAUCAAUGAGCGCUUACUUGGAAGGCCGGACAACACGUCUGUCUUCCACAGAGACGUCUCGCUCUCGAUCUUCUCAGGAGGACUUCUUGUGUAGUGAGCCUCCUGUGACCGCUGCGGAACCGCAGUACCACCCAGGCCCUCUGGGGGGAGGCACCACACACAGCGGGAGAAAGCCACUGGGCAGCAGCAGCAGCGACGUGCCGUACCGAUGUGAUCCCGUGGAGUAUCGCUCCAGUCCGGCAGGGGGCAGCAGCGAGACGGGGUCCCCGGGCCGUUCUUCGUCCUCGCAGAGACGGUCCUGGCAGGACCUGAUUGAGACUCCGUUAACUGAAGCUGGGUUGCACUACCUGCAAACUGGACCACUUGAGGACGCCGUCUUCGCCGAGCCAGGCUUGGUAGGCAGUUCCAUGAUGGCUGGAGCCGUCUACACUCUUCCUCCACAGAGGAACAUCCCGUUGCCAGUGGCGAUGCAGAGGCUGAUUCCCAUGGCAACCAAGGGAGGGAAACCCCGCAGUUUCACGCUGCCGCGCGACAGCAACCUGCACACACUCCUCGCACCGCCUAUGAAAGAAGAGCAACACGCACAUAACUGUGGCAGCGAAGGUGCAUCCCUGGGCGACCUGUUUCGUGCUUGCGAACAGGGGGGAGUCUGCCCUUUAGGGCGGGGAUCAGAAGCCAAGGGCCAAACAGAGUUCAGGCAGUCCUUCCUCCGGCGAGCCGCAGAUCCUCAGCUCAAUGACCGCCUGCACCGCCUCCGCAUACUGACCUCCACGCUAAAGGACAGGGAGGGGGAGCUAGCGCUGAUUGACAGGCUGCUGGCCAAUCCCCAGCUGUCGUCGGCAGAGUUCCAGGAGUGGAAGAGAGCCUAUCAGGAGCUGUUCACUCAGGAGCAGAACUCAGCUGCUGAACCUGAACCAGACCCCGAACCCGCUGAUCCGGGGCCGCCCCUCACCCCCUCGCUGUCCCACACACACUCCUACAUCGAGACGCACGUCUGAAAACGAACACAGAAAAUCAACUGGUUCUACAUACGAUUAAUCAGGGGAAGGUGUCAUAGGCCAUCAGGUAGUGACAGACCGAGUCGAGUUUUCAGCUGACUCGGUGUAAUAAGUUCACUACGACAGAUUACUGAGGAGCCCCUCGUGUCACUUGACUUAACAACCUGUGGGGUUGUGAGCGCUCCGGCUGACGGCAGGCAAGACAGUGUGCUAAUUCUUGAGUAUUACUUGUUAGCUUGUGUGCUCUGUACCUAGAAUACUCUCCUUGGAAAUGCCAUUCAAAGAACUCAUCGUCAUUUUCCGUGGAUGACUUUUUCAAUCAUCUCCAUGAAAAGUAAAAUCACAGAAUGUAUCUUUACUCAUCCUGCUUGUUGUGCCAUGUUUACACUGAGUGCACAGUGUCUCAUAGCCAGUAAGUUGACAUGCUUUUUACUCCAUAAGCCUUAUACUUGAUAAUAUUGAUAUUGACUGUACAGUGAGUGUUACAGCUGACCACAAGUUUUUUUUUGUUUUGUUUUGUUUUUUAACUCAGUGUUCUUGUUUAUUCAUGUAGAUUUAGAGGCUUUUGUUGGUGCAGAUUUUGUAGAAAUAUGUACAGUGCUGGGCUGGACCUGAAGCAUGCACCCUCCUUCUGGAACAGGAGCCAUUUAAGAGAAAAAUCCACCCUGAAGUAGUUUAACACAGCUUUUAAACAAACUAAAUUUUCUAUUAAAAAUAACAAGCAGCUGAAUGCAAUUUCUGCUGUAUAUUCACCACUACUGAAUCUACUGAAUGAUAACACGAACAUGUAUUUUGAUCUACAGAGUAAGAGCCCGCCAUAUUAAAUCAUAAUGUAUGUAUGGCACAGAUCUUGGAUAUAUAACAAAAUUAUUUAAUAAAUUAUUAUUUAUUAAAUUAUAUAACAAAGUCAUUUGUACCCUGAUGUUUCAGCUGAUGGAAAAAUAUUUUCUGCAUAAAUAUAAACAAAAAUUUAGUUAGCUAUAAUUAAAAAUAUUAUAAUCAUCAGAAAAUCUGAUUAGGAUUCUUGAUGUUUUUUACACAAUAAGUAAUCCUGAAUGUAUUUAAACCAAAAAGUAUAUCUUUUAUCA